GUAUGGCAGCUCACAUGGAUGAUAGUAAAGCAGACACUAGUAGCAUGAGUGCGGAUGCAGAUGAUGGCAGCAGUACAGAAUCAGAAAUAUCUGAUGAGCCAGUCGAACCAAAACUGAAAUACGAGCGAAUCGGGAAUGACCUCAGUAACAUUCUCAGCAAAGAUGCAGCUAGCUGCAUGGCUGUUCAUCCCAAGUUUUUGGCAUUGGGUACCCACUGGGGAGUGAUCCAUGUUCUUGAUCAUCUUGGUAACAACAUUAUGAGCAAGGAAAAACCUGCUCACACAACGACAGUGAACCAGAUAGCCAUAGAUGCAAGCGGAGAGUACCUAGCCAGCUGUUCAGAUGAUGGCCGGGUGGUGAUCAGUGGUCUAUACAGCACUGACAACAACCAGGUGCACAUGUUUGACCGACCAGUUAAAGCUGUAUCGCUUGAUCCAAACUUUGGGAAGGCUGGCAGCGGUAAACACUAUAUGACAGGCGAUGAUAAGUUGGUUCUGCAUGAGAAGGCAUUUCUUAACCGGCACAAGACCACAGUCAUCCACCAGGGGGAGGGGCCAGUCAGAAACAUCAAAUGGUCACCGGAUGGGCAAUUCAUUGCAUGGGCAAACGACGUUGGAGUGAAAGUGUAUGACAUGGCUCUAAAGCGAAAGAUCACUUCCAUUCCCAGAGAAGAUAAAUCUAAUCUCAGACCCGAGCUGUAUCGAUGUACACUAUUCUGGAAGAAUGAGAAGGUGCUGUUAAUUGGUUGGGGUGACUGUGUGAAGAUAUGUGCAGUACGAGAACGCAAGGAAUUUUCCAACCCUGAGCAACCGAGCAAAUAUGUGGAGAUCACCGAGAUGUUUGCGACAGAUUUCUAUGUAUGUGGACUUGCACCUUUUGGUGAAAAUUUGGCCGUAUUAACGUAUGUGAAUCCGGAUGAAAACGUGGGAGUGCCGUUAGCAUCUGAGCGUCCGCAGCUGCGCAUCGUGGCGCCACACAUGGAUUACUACGAGGAGCUGUCUAACGACGCGCUGUCGAUACGUGGCUUCACGGAGUACCGCUGCAACGACUACCAUCUGGAGUGUGUCAUUGAGGACGAGCUGUUCUUCAUCGUCAGCCCCAAGGACGUGGUCGUGGCGAAGCCGCGCGACGAUGACGACCACGUGCAGUGGCUCAUGGAGCACGAGUUCUUUGAGGACGCGAUGGCUUGCGCGACGAGGAACGACGGCCGCGGGCUGAAGCGACACAAUGUACAGGAUAUUGGACGAGCUUAUUUGAACUACCUGCUUGAGGGAGAGCAACUCGACGAGGCAGCCAGACUGUGUGUGAAGAUCCUGGGCAAGAACAAGCAGCGGUGGGAAGAGGAGGUGUACAAGUUUGCACGCAUACAUCAGCUUAAGGCCAUUGCGCCGUAUCUGCCAAGAGGAGAUGUCAGGCUGGAUCCUGCCAUCUACGAAAUGGUCCUGAAUGAGUUUCUCCACUCAGACUAUGAGAUUGAUAUGGUGGUGAAGCAGCUGGAACGACGACCGGAUUUACAACAUGUGUAUUUGGACAAGUUGUUUCAGAAGGACCCUCAUGCUGGGCAGCAGUACCAUGGGUUGCAGGUCAGCUUGUAUGCCCAGUAUAAUCCAGAGAAGCUACUCUCCUUUUUAAAGAGUAGUAGCUACUAUCCCCUACAGAGGGCACUGGAGGAGUGUCAGAAGAGGAAAUUUAUUCCUGAGACUGUUUUCCUACUUGGUCGCAUAGGUAACACGAAGGAGGCUCUGUCCCUCAUAACGCAACAGCUGAGAGACGUGGAUCGCGCAAUCGAAUUCUGCAAGGAACAUGAUGACCGUGAGCUGUGGGAAGACCUGAUCACACAGUCUCUUGACAAGCCAGAUUUUAUCACGGUGCUACUGCACAACAUUGGCACGCAUGUCGACCCCAUCAUGCUGAUCCAGCGUAUUCGUCCAGGCCUGCACAUCCCCCACCUCAGGGACUCGCUCGUUAAGAUCAUGCAAGACUACAACUUACAGAUCGCGCUGAGGGAAGGUUGCAAGCGCAUUCUGGUUAAGGACAGUUUUCAGUUGCUGCAUCGGCUGGUGAAGGCACGUAGCCGCGGCGUGCGCGUGGACGAGCAGAUCUGUCAAUCAUGCCACAACCGCCUCAUCGUCAACGUUUUUGGCGGCAGAGGGAUAUCAGAGGCAGACGCCUGGCGAAUCAAGAACGGUUGA